CAUUUUUUGAUGGAUUACCAAGAUUUAUAAAGUAUUAAAGAUCUUAUUAACCGAAAAUAACGCUCUUAGUUACAACUGUAUUACCUUUCAGAAAGUAUCAGAAGCCCUGCUGGCAUUAGAUCAAAACUAAAUACAAAAACUUGUGCUACGGUUUAGUCAGUGUUCGUUUCUAAACCUUAAAAAACGUGUGACAAACCACACGAUUUCUCCUGCCACCAAAGUGCGACAUCAAGUGCCGCUGCAGAGAGAAAUAACGAAGCACUCACUUUGCAGCUGUGAGUGGACAGGUUGAUUUCUAACACAUGAGAACUGACAGCCACCAGCAUGUGGGAAUUUAAACAAGAAUCUAAUGGCUUCAGCAGAACCACUCGUGUUCCACUCAGUCUCUCUUGUAAGAUAUCGCAAAGAAGUAUGAGCCAAAGCUGAACCAAAGCUCAGAAAAAAGAAAUGACUAACAUUUUGUGUCUAAAUUAUCAGAAGUCUCAGAGUUUUGCUCAGUGUUCAGAUUCUGCUGUUUGUUCUCCGGUCAGACCAGGGGAAGCUCAUUGGGAGGGCCUGUUGGGAGAAAAGUACACCUCAGUCUCACUGGGACUACAUGAUGAAGGCUUCUUUAUGGAAAAACUAAAAGGUACAGUGGGACAGGGUUGGGCUUCUUACCCUCUAUAAAUGUCUGAGGACCACAGUCGCCCGUGUUACAAGCUUUGUUGCCACCUGCUCUUGUGAAACGAUGGAUGCAGAAUGGUUGAUUGAAUCCAUCAUCAGGGCACUCAUGUUUCUUGCGGGGAUCCUGGGAAACAAUUGGCUGGCCAUACGCUCCCUGCCCACAAAGAAAUCUGGCAUCCGCACCAAUGAAGUCCUUUUCGUCAACCUGGCUGUGUCCAACCUCAUCACCAACUGCCUGGUGGACCUUCCCGACACCAUGGCAGAUUUUGCUGGACACUGGUUCCUGGGGGAAUCCUUCUGUGGCCUGUUUCGCUUUUGUGCUGACCUCUCAGAGACCAGCAGCAUCUUCACGACCUUCUUCAUCAGCGUUUUCUGGUACCAGAAACUCGUCGGCUCCCUGAAACGGGGAGGUGCGCCAGUGCGGCUGGACAGCCUGUGCUUGGUGGGCUGCCUGCUGGCUGGGAGCUGGACGGUGGCUGUGGUCUUCAGCAUCCCACACUUUUUCUUUGUCAAAGUGGAGAUAUCAAAUGACAGCGCAAAAGACUGCAUAGACGUAUUUCCCAACGCAUUUGCCAGGAAAACCUAUGAGAUCAUUUAUUUAACGCUGGCUAAUGCACUCCCAGUUGCUGGGAUUGUAUUUGCCAGUGUUCAGAUUGUCAUUACCCUGCUCCAAAACCAGCGACGCAUACGUGGUCACAAUUCUAAUCCUACCAAGGAGACGGUUAAGAAGGAAAACAACAACACCGAAAACAGAAAUGAUGCAAAGUCAGGCACUGCUGUUUCUGGUCCAGACCCUUCAAAAGAUCUCAAAGAUUGUGCACCUGCAGUUUAUACAGGUGUGUCUGCUUCUUCUUGUCUAAACGGAGAGCUGCCAGGUGACAGCUGCAACAGCCCUUCCUUCAACAUGGAAACAAACACUGACAGCAGAAGUGGAGCUCCACCAGAUCUUUCAAGGCCCAGCCAGAUGACAGCUAAGCCCAGUUCGAGCUCAAGCUCUCAGGUGAGGGCUGCCAAGAGCGUGGUGGCUGUAGCCAGCGUGUUCCUGGUUUGUUGGCUGACUCAUCUGCUUUUGCGCAUCACCAACAACAUCCACACCUCAUCAAUAGUGGUGGAGGUGGCCAGCUAUAUUGCAGCCUCCUACACCUGCAUCAUCCCCUACAUAUUCCUGCAUGGAGUGAAAAAGCUUUCUUGCUCAUGCAAAAGAUAGGUCGAGUUUUUAUUCUUGGACUUAAUAUGUGGUUAUGUAAAUCUGGUUAUGUCUAAUCCUCACUGUGUGGUUUCUGUAAAUCUCAAGUGCUCUGAAAACAUUUGCUGUAUCUUACUCCAAAUUUUCAUCUUCAGUCAUUUUUUCCACUAACUUGUUCAACACUUUAUUUUUUAAUCUUUGUUCAUCUGCACGCGUUGCUCCUGCCAUCUAUCAGAUCUACAUCCAAAUCUGCCUGAACUGGCCCUUUGUAAAAUAAAAGCAUC